CUCCCCGCCCGCCAUGCUCGACGACGUCCUCCUCGACCAGCUCAUGACCCACGACCCCCGCAAGCACGCCCACAACGACGGCCACGUCUACCUCCGCCAGCCCUACACCGUCGAGAUCAUCCAGCUCGAGGAGGUCACGCCGCCGUCGCCACAUUCCAUACCGUCCAGCUCAGCGUCCCCCGCAUCGUCGUCGUCGUCUUCCUACUACGACGACGAGUCCGACGAAGAAGAGGACUCUGACUGCACCUCGUACUGCUCCUCCGACUACUCGAUGCAGGACGAACCGCGCACAAAGGACGCCGCGUACGCAGAGGACACGUACUCGGCCAGAAUGAGCCGCAUCCACGCAUGGCGAGAGAGUUUCUCAAAGGAAGUGGGCGCACUGGCUCCCGGCGCUGUACCUAUGGCAUCGUCACCUCCAGUUUCACGCAGAGAGGAUCGAGACGCAGACGGCGAUCUAGCGACGUCUUGCUCGGAAGCGGAAGAGGACGCGGGAUCCCAGCGGGUGUACGCGGCGGCGGGUGUCCCGCAGAGCUCGCGGCUGUCGACGCUGAGCCUGCACUCCUGCCCGGCAUGUGAUGCGUCGUUUGACACAUCGCAGAGCCUGCGCCGCCAUGGCCGCGGGCCCCUCGCCGGUGAAGCCUGCCGCGUAGCGGUAGAAUACGAUUUCGAGUGAUCCGCCUUUCCUCGCAAGGAACCUGAACACACACGAUCUGCACGAGCAUCCAUACGCUCCCCGACCCAUCGCAUUAACCUUAUCGUAUCUGAUAUCCUGCAUCAUCCCUACACCCGCCUUGGCUCUUCGCAAUGCACGCUUGUAUCGUACAUAGUAUCGCCCUUCUAUUACAAGCUUAUUAUGUAUUAAUUAUCCUACCGGCUCUUCC